CUAGAAGUCGCCGAGAGGGAAGUUCAAGGACUGGGGAAAAGUAAACGGCAGUUGUUUUUGCAGAUUGCGUUUUAGAAAAAGUGUAUUUAACUCUAAAAUAAAGUUAAUUAUUUAAUUCCUAAAGAAGAAGAAACAAAACAACGUCACGUCAUGUCCCACAAACAGAUUUUUUACUCUGACAAAUAUGACGACGAAAAAUUCGAGUACAGGCAUGUCAUGCUUCCUAAGGACAUUGCUAAAAAAGUUCCAAAGACCCAUCUAAUGUCAGAGACAGAAUGGAGGAACCUUGGUGUUCAGCAGAGUCAAGGAUGGGUACAUUACAUGAUUCAUCAACCUGAACCACAUAUUUUGCUCUUCCGGCGUCCUCUGCCUACAGCCCAAUCCUAGUGACUUCAGAGCAAACAGAAAUGGAACAAAAUUCAGAGGAAUGGACACAGUCAGAUUAUGUCUGAGUGAUGCUGGAUGUACCUUGGAUCAUAUCAUGUCAAUAUCAUUUGUUCUCCUUUUUUACUUCUGCAUCCAUUGUAGACUAUGCUGUGGGUGAAACUAUGCCCACUAUUCUUGAUCUCUGUUUAACUGAGAUGGAACUGCACAUAUGUCUUGCUGCACCUGUAUUUAUUAUUUCUUAUCAAGCUUAUGUUAUCAGGAUUCUAUAUAUGAGCUUCACUUGAUGAGUUUUGAUUGGUGUCACUGUUAAGUAAAUGGUAUGGCAACAGUGAAACUUGUGUUACAAAGUGCACAGUUCGAACAUUUUACUAAAAAAAUAAACUAAUUUCCUUCUUGAAAUAACGAUAUUGUUUGUACCAACUUUUCUUUUAACUGUUGUCAGAGUCACUAGAAAGCAGCUUGAUGUAUUUUAGGUUUACCGAUAAACAUUUUAGCAUAUUGUUUAACAUAUUGUAUUUUGAAUGGUUUUUGUAUGAAACCUGGGCUAAAUAUUCCAACUCGAACGAUCAUACCUGUUAAUGAAAAUUCUGGAAAAUACAAUAUCAGAAGUGAAUAGGAGAGAGCAGAAUUUUAAGACUUUCUUCUGCAGAACACAAAUGAAGAUUUUUAGAAGAAUAUUUCAGCUCUGUAGGUAAAUACACAGUUAAUGGUGACCAGAACUUUAAAGCUUCAUAAAUGACAAAGGCAGCAUAAAAGUAAUUCAUAUUACUCAAGUGGUUAAAUCUGUCUUCAGAAGCAGUAUAAUAGCUGUGGGUGAGACACAGUUCAAGAAGUGUGUUUUUACUAUAAACAUUUUGAAAGUGAAAGUGGAGAUUUAUAUUAAAAAUUGCAUUGCUUCAGAAGACAUAUAGUAAACCACUGGACUUGUAUAGAUAACUUUUAAGCUGCUUUUAUGUGAUUCUUGAAGCUCAAAAGGCCUUAAACCUCUGGGGCUGACGGACACGCUAGCUCGUCCUGCUGGAUUUUU